ACGAUCGUCAUCUCCACUCCUUUCCAACCGGUUGUCGCACCUCCUCCCUCCUCCAGGCUACUCCCGGUCGCCCCGUCUAUAAAAUGUACCCGUCGCCGCCCGUUUCGAACACCCGUGGCUCGUGACUCCUUUCGCUUCCUUUUUGACCACCGCUUGUUCCUGCCACCGUUGCAUGACAGUGAACUCCCUGCAGACCCGCGAGGUGUCGGACCUCUGCAUCGGUAAGCCGGCGACCAGGCCGCUCUCGCUCUCCGCCACCGUAGGCGACGCCCUCCUCGCCCUCAGGAGCGGCGGCAGCGACGACCGCCUCGUUAUCUGGACCGCCGACGGUCCCGCUCCCGAGAGGAAGGCCUGCGCCGGGAACGUGUGCUUGGUCGACGUCCUCUGCUACCUGUGCGCCGAGCAGAACCUCGACGCUCCCAUGGCCGCCCUCGGCGCGCCCGCCUCCGCCCUCCUUCCUCCAUUGACCGCCGCCUCCCUCGUCCGCCGCGUCGAGCCCAGCUGCAGCAUUCUGGAAGCACUCGACGCGAUUCUUGACGGGGCGCAGAGCCUGGUGGUGCCCAUCCGCGCCGCCGCAUCGCCGAGGAAGUUCACCUCCGGCUCCGCCGCCGAAUUAUGCUGGCUGACGCGGGAGGAUUUCGUCCGUUUCUUCCUCAACUCCAUCGCUCUCUUCUCGCCGGUCCCCGCCCUCUCCGUCACCGACCUCGGCCUCGUCCGCCCCGCUGCCCUGGCCGUCCGGCCCCAGGACCCUGCACUCUCCGCCCUCCCCCUCAUCCGCGCCGCCCUCGCAGAGCAGACAUCCGUCGCCGUCGUCUCCGACGACGGCCGCCUCAUCGGCGAAAUCUCCCCCUUUACCCUGGCCCACUGCGACGAGCGCGUCGCCCCCGCCCUAGCUGCGCUCUCCGCCGGCGACCUGAUGACCUUUGUAGAUUGCGUCGGCGCCCCGCGGAAGUCCGCCAUGAGGUCCAUCAGGGCCCAACUAAGGGCGAAGGGGCUGCUGGGCAUGCUCGAGCUCCUCGACGCCGACGUCUCCCCGCCAUUCUCGCCGUCGACGUCCUCGUCCGAGUCCGACGAUGAAUCCUCGCCAUCCUCCCCGCCCUUGUCGAACGGGAGGGGAAGGCCGAGGGUGACGAGGUCGGCGUGGAGGUCGGGGAGCUACUCAGCGAGGAUGGGGAGGCGGUCGGAGGAGGCGAUCGUGUGCCACCCUUGGAGCUCGCUGGUGGCCGUGAUGAUACAGGCAUUGGCGCAUCGAGUAAGCUACGUGUGGGUGGUCGAUGACGACGACUACUAUCUCGACGGGAUCGUCACGUUCUCCGACAUCCUUGAGGUCUUCCGGGAACAGCUAGAGCAGACAGGGACUUGCAUUUGAUGGCCAGAGAGUAACGCAUCUCUUGUGGAAUUAACGUAUGUGAAAAAGGCUGUCCUUAACCUUUUGAUCUCAUCUAAUGCCGCUGGGCUGUGUACUACUUAAUCUUCAAAAUGAUGCAAUGCCGGAGGAGACAGGUGAGGUAUCUACGUCGUCGGCGUCGCACUACUCUAUCUCGCCUGCCUCCUUCUCCUCA